GCAGCCCGAGAGAGAGCUCUCCUCCUAUUAGGUGCCGGUGAGUCUGGGAAGAGCACCAUUGUCAAACAGAUGAAGAUCAUCCACGAGGAUGGUUACUCAGAGGAGGAGUGCCGGCAGUACAAAGCCGUGGUCUACAGCAACACCAUCCAGUCCAUCAUGGCCAUCAUCAAGGCGAUGGGCAACCUGCAGAUUGACUUUGGAGACUCCUCCAGAGCGGAUGACGCUCGGCAGUUGUUUGCGCUCUCCUGCACCGCCGAGGAGCAGGGCAUCAUGCCGGAGGACCUGGCCAACGUGAUCCGGAGGCUGUGGGCUGACAACGGCGUCCAGGCUUGUUUUAACCGCUCCCGGGAAUACCAGCUGAACGACUCCGCUGCCUACUACCUGAACGACCUGGAGAGGAUAGCCCGCGCCGACUACAUCCCCACCCAGCAGGACGUGCUGCGCACCAGGGUGAAGACCACCGGCAUCGUAGAGACCCACUUCACCUUCAAGGACCUGCACUUCAAGAUGUUCGACGUGGGCGGCCAGCGCUCAGAGCGGAAGAAGUGGAUCCACUGCUUCGAGGGGGUGACGGCCAUCAUUUUCUGCGUGGCCCUGAGCGCCUACGACCUGGUGCUGGCUGAAGACGAGGAGAUGAACCGCAUGCACGAGAGCAUGAAGCUGUUCGACAGCAUCUGCAACAACAAGUGGUUCACGGACACGUCCAUCAUCCUCUUCCUCAACAAGAAGGACCUCUUUGAGGAGAAGAUCGUGCACAGCGCCCUGACCAUUUGCUUCCCUGAGUACACAGGGGCCAACAAGUAUGACGAGGCGGCCGCCUACAUCCAGAGCAAGUUUGAGGACCUGAACAAGCGGAAGGACACCAAGGAGAUCUACACCCACUUCACCUGCGCCACCGACACCAAGAACGUGCAGUUUGUCUUUGAUGCCGUCACUGACGUUAUCAUCAAAAACAACCUGAAGGACUGCGGGCUCUUCUGAGGGCCG